AUGCUCGUCUUAUCCGCUCUCCUGACCGUCUCUAUUCUUGCGAGCCUCUCCAUCUCGCAAGGCUUGGAUCCCAGUAGCAUCCCACUAGGAACAAGAGACAUAUGGUGCAGAAACCAAGUGUCCUCCUGCCCGCUGAUAUGCCUGCAAUUGCCAAACGCAACCGGGGAGCCACUUAAAAACGAAUGUAAUCCACUGACCCUAACGUUCUCCUGCAUCUGCUCAAACGGCAUGACUCCCAAUGCCUCCAAUUUCACCCUAACACUCCCCUACUACAUCUGCACAGAAAUGAACAACAGGUGCGUCAGUGCCUGUGAUGGCGGCGACUCCCGCUGCCAAAGCAACUGCCGCGAAAAAAACCCCUGCGGUGCCCAGAACCCCACCCGCGUUACCUCCACAGCCACCAGCGGUGCUACGAACACCUCUGCGCCCUCUGGGACGGGUGUGGUUGAUACGGGUCUUGGGGGGAAUCCGAAUAUGGCACCGAAGGGUGGCAGGAAUGGGGCGGUGAGAGGGUUGGUGUUGGAGAUUGGGCAGGUGUAUGGGGUUGGGAUCUUGGUUGCGGUGUUUUUGGCUGGGUUUUCGAUGGUUGUGUAG